CUAUAUAAGCAACCCAGUUGUGUGUGUGCUCUCUGCACCUUAAUCACACACCAAGGUAGGAAGAAUGGAGAUGUACCAUGUGGCUGUCCUCCUCCUACUUGCACACUUCGCCUCCUUCCCUCAUUCCCUGGCUUGCCCCUACUGCUCCACCCCAACCACUCCCCCCAAGCAGUCCCCGCCGCCGCCGCCUCCGCCGUCACCGUGCCCUCCUCCACCGCGCAGUGUGGGGCCGGUGCCCCCGUCGCCCAAGACGCCGUCGCCACCGUCGUCCGGGACGUGCCCCAUCGACACCCUCAAGCUGGACGCAUGCGUCGACCUGCUCGGCGGGCUGGUGCAUGCGGUCAUCGGCCAGGACACGCAGGACAAGUGCUGCCCGGUGAUCCAAGGCCUCGCGGACUUGGACGCCGCGCUGUGUCUCUGUACUACUAUUAAGGCCAAGGCGUUGGACAUCAACGUCCUUCUUCCUAUUGCGCUUGAGCUGCUCGUUGACUGUGGCAAGCAUGUGCCAUCGGACUACCAGUGCCCUGCUUAAUUACUAGAAGAAGCCUGUACCAAGUGUGUUACGAUCAUAAAUGCAUAUAUGCAUGCAUUAUAUGGCUAUGGAAUGCUUGUAAGUGGUAAUUAUUGGCUUAAAUGUGUCUAAUAAAAUCUUUUAUAUGGUCUACUAAAUAUAACUCAA